CUUUCUUCAAGACUAAUUUUUGACUUCUUUCCUAAUUAUUUUCUUUUCACGGAGAGAGAGGAAAGAACAGAUUGAAAAAAUGGCUCAUGCUUGGAGUACUACAGUUGAUUCUGCUGUUGAAGAGCUAGGUUGGCUGAAGCAGAUCAAUCAAUCAGGCAGUCCUGAGCUUGUUCUUAGGCAGGAGUUCAAAUUCCUUAUGAGGUUCACCAUCUGGCUGUUCACAUAUCCUUCAAAGGAUUUUGUUGAAAUCCUCAAAGACAAUUUGAUAUUCAUGACAUCCUUCAUCAUGGAUCUUACGCCUAAGGAAGAAACUGUAACAAGUGCUGCCGGAGUUGAAGUACUUCUCCGGUUGCGAGCAAAAGUUGUUGUUGAUGAGCUACUAUCUCUCAUUUUCUCACUACAAAAGGACAGAUCAACAGUAGAGGAUAUUUCUAGUCUUCAACUGAAGAUUGACAAAGUGAAAGCCAAGAUUAGAGAGCUCUUUUAUGUCCCAUUUUUGAAUCCUCUGGACUUUACUUUUCCAAUGACAAAUGUUUUGGGAUCAGUCAAUUUCUUCCUAGAGAAUCUGAAAGCAAUGGUGAGUAGAAUGGCUUUUGGAAAAAAUCAAGUUAUGAUUAUCCAAGCUAAGCUCAUUUCCUUUAAAUCAUUCCUCGAAGAUAUCAUGGACAAGGCAAAAGAGAUAGAUGACCAAACAAACCUUUGGAGACGAAUUGUCAAGUUGGUGUUUAUUGCAGAACAUGUCAUCAGCUCUUGUCUAGUUAAGAAUCAUCCCAUUUGGUAUGAUAUGUUGCGGCUUUCUGAUGUAAUACUUGCCUUUAACCUCAUCGAAAUUAAGGUGAAGAGGUAUAGUGAGCAUCAGAAGCACAAGAACAGAUUGAUGACAAGCAGUGUGACAAAGUGUAGUCAUGUCUCCAGGAGGCAAGUGAUACCUUCAAGUCUUGAAGAUGUUAUGGUGGAUUUGAAAGAUGAGUCAAUGAAAAUAACUGAGAAACUCAAUCUGAGAACAAAACAACUUCAAAUUGUCUCCAUUGUAGGUAUGGCCGGCCUCGGUAAGACUACUAUAGCCAAAAAAGUGUACCAUGAUCCAUCUACCACAUACAAUUUCGAAAGACGUGCAUGGUGCUGUGUUUCCCAAUCGUAUAAUCUUAGAGAGAUGUUCUUGGACAUUUUAACUGAUGUCACUGGUGUUGAUGCUCGCCAGUCUGACUAUGAAAGUACUGAUGAUGAUUUGGCUUUGAAACUCCGGAGAAGUUUGAGGCAACUAAGGUAUCUCAUUGUUCUGGAUGACAUUUGGAACAUGGAAGCCUGGGAGUGCUUAAAGCCAUCAUUUCCUGAUGACAAGAAAGGGAGUCGAAUCAUAUUCACUAGCCGAAUACAAAAUUUGGUGUGGCAAGCAGAGCUAAUCAACUGCAGUGUCCAUUCUCUUCGGUCACUUUCUGAUAGGGAGAGUUGGGAAUUAUUCCAUAGGAAGUUAUGCCAUUAUCAUGGUUCCCCUCUUGAUGAGGAACAAUCAAAACUUGGUAAAAGUAUUGUUAAAAACUGUAAAGGGUUGCCUCUAUCAGUGGUUUUGGUUGCAGGUAUUCUCGCGGGACAAGAUAUAGAAUCAUGGAAGCAAAUUGAAUGUAGUACAAGUUCAAAAUUCGUCAGUGAGGGUUGUAUGGAUGUUCUUGAGCUGAGCUACAAUCAUUUGCCAAAUCAUUUGAAACCUUGUUUGCUCUAUGUUGGAGGAUUUCCAGAGGAUACAGUAAUUAAAGCUCAAAAGUUGAUGAGUUUGUGGAUUGCAGAAGGACUUGUACCAAGAAGUGAUAACAAGAGUAUCAGCUUAUAUAAAGUGGCAGAGGAUUACUUGUCUGAUCUAAGUAGUCGGAGCUUAGUAAUACCUGAAAAGAGAAGUUUCAAUGGCAGCAUAAAGGUGUGCCGUGUUCAUGACCUAAUACAUGAUCUUUGCUUGGUGAAGAGUCGAAAAGAUAACUUUCUACAACCGGUGCAGGACAAUGAUAUAAUUUCAGUUUCUCAUUCUGCCUUGAAUCCCCUGAAUUAUGAGAGCUAUUAUCGCCUGUGCAUCUCUGCUGAAUGGACCAAAUUUAUCAAUGCUAAACCGGCAGGUCCACUGGCACGCUCUCUAGUUGCUCUUCGUGGUGAUGAAAAAUGGAAAAUAGUUUCAUGCGCCUCUGACAUUUUUCAUACCUUUAGACUUCUUAAUGUGUUGGAUUUGGAGUGCGUUAAAAUAGAUGGUCCUUUUCCUAAAGAAGUAACAUUGAUGGUUAAUUUGAGAUACCUAGCAAUUUACUGUGUUGCAUCAGAACUUCCAUCAUCCAUCGCCAAUCUAUGGAACCUAGAAAUCUUGAUUCUUUUGAAAGGUUCAUCAGAUGGGCUCUUCUCUCUGCCAAGAACCUUUGUAGGAAUGAAAAGCUUAAGGUACAUAUCCAUUCCUUGGGUGCUGUUGUCAGAUGGUCUUGAAGAUCAUGAGCAUAGUCAAUUGGAACACUUGGAAAUGUUCUCAAUGUUAUAUGCUAAAACCGCAAAUCAGUUGAAAUUCUUUUUGAGAAGGUUGCCAAGGCUCCGGAAGCUUAAGUGUGAUUUGUUUUUCUUCUUUGAAGAUGAUCAGUUUCUAGGAUUGAGCCGACUAACUCAGCUUGAAUCACUAGAUGUCAAAGGCCCAGGAAGUUUAUCUGAUUCAAAGAAAUGGGAUCAUUUUCCGGUUUUGGAUUUUCCCGGUAGCCUCAGGAAAUUGUCACUGCAACGGUUCUUGCUGCCAUGGAGUGCAAUGUCGACAAUCGGACAGUUGCCUAAUCUAGAGGUUCUCAAGUUAAAUAAUGAGGCAUUUUCAGGAGGCAGAUGGGAUGUGGAAGACGGCGCAUUCUUGAAAUUGAAGUACUUGCAACUCAAUACUUUGGACUUUGAAGAAUGGACUGUCCAAGAUGAUCCAUUCCCCUGCCUUGAACAGCUUAUAGUCAAGAGAUGUCCCCGGCUUCACGGGAUUCCACCUGAUUUGGGAAACAUUACCACUUUGAAGAAGAUAAAGAUGUAUAGAUCUGCACAAGCCUCAAGUUCAGUCAGGGAAAUCUUCGAGGAACAACGAGAACUGGGGAAUGAUUUCCUUGAAGUUGUCAUUGAUGGAGAUCAUCUGAAGCGGCCAUAGUGAAAUGGAGUUGGUUUGCUGCGACUCAAGUUGUUUGGUUAGAUUAAGAAAAUGGAUGUUUGAUUUUGGCCUGUGUAAUGCAAUAAAUCUUGUAGCCAUUAUAUUUUAGGUUAUUCAAGUUGCUAUUCCUUCGGAUAAAGUGAACUAUUAAAAUAGAACGAAGAAAGUAAUAAACUUAUCAUUUGUCCUAAAAUAAACCAAAAAAUUUAUUUCAGGUUGA